AUGGCGACGAUGAUGCUGGUCAACUGCUCGCGGUGUCGAACGCCGCUGCAGCUGCCGCCGGGGGCGAGGUCGAUACGUUGUGCCAUCUGCCAGGCGAUCACCAACAUCGCCGAUCCCAGGGAAGCGCCUGCGCUGCCGCCGGGGCAGUAUCAUGGAAACGGGUAUGGUGCAGCCCCUCCGCCACCCCAGCUCCCGUCUCCCUAUGGUCCGCCCGGAGGCCCCCCAGCGUCUCCCCACGGGCGGAAGAAGGCGGUGAUAUGCGGGAUAUCGUACAAAUUCUCGAGGCACGAACUCAAGGGCUGCAUCAACGAUGCGAAAUGCAUGCGGCACCUCCUCAUCAACCGGUUCCACUUCCCCGAGGCCUCUAUCAUCAUGCUUACCGGUAAGACAUGGUUUUAUAUAUUUAUAGAUUAGCUGAUGUAGGCGCGGCAACGCAUAAAUAGAUCGGCAUGAAAGUAGCCAUUUCAAUCUCAUAAUAAUGGUUGGUGAUACGUUUUCCGAGGAAAAACUUGACAUUUGAAAGAAGGGGAACAAGUGGUGCUGAAAGUUCCUGAAAAUUAUUCAAGAGUUCAUCCUUUUGUCCCACUUAUUUUCAUGUUCUUGCGGCGUUCUUGUGAAUUCAUGCCGCAUUCCCAAUUGAAUUUCAUUCUUUUGUCGAUGAGUGGAAGACCAUUUUUCUGAUGUCCAUCAAAUCGUUGUAAAAUUAAUCGUUCUGAUUGGUGUUUUUAUUAAUCAGUUGGGUGAGAUGUCAUUCUUCGUAAUUAUGGUGCGAUUAUUGGGCUGAAGAACUACCAUAAUUUAUAUGAAUUGUUAGAACAGGGACAGAUCUUUGAAUGUUCUCUGAGAAGGAAAAUUUCAUGAUUUCCCCUCAUUUUCAUGCGUCAAACUACUUAUGUUUAAACUUGGUCACACUAGACGGCAGAAUUAGAGUAACAUUUGCUGUUCGUAUUUUGUUUUGGAACACAGUGAGGUGAAAGGGAGAGAUCUGUUUUUUGGUUUACAGGUGUCAGGAAGAGUUUGAGAAGAGGAGAUAACAGAUGCAUGAGUUUCACAGUAGAAUAAGUUUUAUCAUUCCCAUUACUCUUAUUUUUACCCUUCACACGUUGCAAUUUGUAGGGUUUUUAUCAUUGUUGCCCUUUGUUCAUUCACUGUCCCGUUUUGAUACAUUUGUGCCUUUUUUCCUCAGAAAAAUUGUGUACUACUUUCUUUGAGGAAGGAUGCAUUAAAUAACUUAUGAUUCUUCGAUCAAAUGUGCUUGAAAUAUAUUAUGGAAAAUGGUGCGAGUCAUGGGGAUUUGCAUUUCGUUAUGCUUGAAGAGAUGUUUAUCCUAUCUAACGUCAAUGCCAUGUCAUAUCACAAGAUAAGGGAGAGGAUGUGAUUAGACUCUGAUCCUGGUAGUCCUUUUUGACUAGAGACUCAGGAUAUUGCUGUUCCAAAACACUGUUAAUCGUCAAGGAGGUCACCCAUUAUUUUAUUGGAGCUUUUAACAUAAGCAGCCCUGCAAGUAUUAUAACAUGAUAUCAUAUGUAGAGUAUCUUCCCGCUGUAAGACUGAUGAUUUCAUUAAUAAAUCUUUAUAGUGUCUUUAUAAACAUGGAUACGCUUAGUGAGAUGUGAAGCUUUCAUCUCUGAGGUCGUUCCCUCACUAAAAGGAUGGGUCAAUUCUAGCCCAUCCUCCACUUGGUUCACAUAUGUUUAAUACGUAUGAAGUUCCACCAUUCACCAUCCCUGUUCCAUAUGAGACCAUAGGACUGUGCAUAAUUAUGAAGGACUUAUAGGAUGUAUGUACGCCUUCUCAAAACUUUCCCAGAAAUAAUAAACAAAUUGCUGAAAGUAUUCAAGGCCAUAGUUUUCAUGUCAUCAAACCUAGGUUAUGCUUGUUACUUUGUCGAUGUUACAUGAUACUUGUAUUGCAUACAUCCAACCCAUUGUGUAAUCCAGGACUGCCUGUGUAGCCAGGCUAUAUAAAUGUAAAACUAUAAAGUUUUAAGGUUUCUUUUCAAAUAUAUUGGCACAGAUUUUUUAUUUAUUAUUUUAUAAAAACAUUAUUUUUUUCUUUGUUUACAAUAACACUAAAUGAUAUAUUGCACGUAAAUUAUUUGGAUAAUAAAAUUUAUAAAAUAUAUUUUUAUUUAUUUUCAUAGUACUGAAAUAAUUCAACUCACUCAUGGUAAUUCAAAUCUUCUAUUUGUGUCAAAUUAGGACGCUGAUUGCUUCUUCAGUCUCUGGUAGAAGAUAUGAUUGACCCUCAUUUAGGUAAUGGUUUAUACAGACUAGGGUCUCACAAAGGGCUGCUAGAUUUUCGUUUUGUUGAUCUACAUUUAAUCACCCAUUUUCCGUCUCAAUUAUGCAUUAAAAAACUGGUUGUUCAGUUGUUUCUGUGCCUACAUAGCAGUAUUCUCCUAUGAUACUUUCCUAUUUAUUGUGUAAUAUUUGAUAACCUAUCGUUUUCAUGAGAAUUUUUCUACUUCUUGAUCCUAUAUCUGGUUUUUACCUAUUACCAAAAGUAUCUUCUUCUUAAAUAAUAUGGCGUAUACAAAGCAAUGUCUCUUUUCUAUCUCCUCAAACGAUACUUAAGUUACCAUUGAAGCUGUCUGAACUAUUUUCAUUGGAAGCUGGGUUGCAGAAGAAGAACGUGAUCCAUAUAAGACUCCAACAAAGCACAACAUUCGAAUGGCGUUAUUUUGGCUCGUUCAAGGGUGUCAACCUGGAGACUCGCUGUUGUUCCAUUACUCUGGUCAUGGGUCACAACAAAGAAGUUAUAGUGGAGAUGAGGUGGAUGGAUUUGAUGAAACCCUUUGUCCGUUAGACUUUGAAACACAGGGGAUGAUUGUUGAUGAUGAAAUUAAUACUGCGAUUGUCAAGCCUCUUCCUCGUGGAGUCAAGCUCCAUGCUAUUAUUGAUGCUUGUCACAGCGGCACUGUACUGGAUUUGCCAUUUCUCUGCAGAAUGAACAGGUCAGGACAGUUUUUGUUUCUCAUUGCUCCUUUGGAGAGACAUAUUUAUCUUUCUGCAUUAGUUGACAUCUAAAGUGAUUUUUUUUUGGGUUAAAUUUUAUAUGCCUCUUGAAAUGAUAUUAUGGAAAACAAAAGAUUUUGUAGCAGGUUGUCUAUGAGGUUCUGUACCAGAACCUAGGUAACUUAAAUACCGUGCAAAGGACCCAAUUUAUUAACAUUUUUUUCUCUUUGAACUUCACAAAUCUGGAAUUAGGACGAGGAAUACCUGUUUAAAUAUUAAGGUUGAAGUAUAAAUAAGAUUUUGACCCGUGCUUUCAUACUUAAUUUAAGAAGUGAAAACAUCAUACCUUUUUCUCCCCAAUUUUCGUAUUUUAAACGAUAUAUCUACAUGUUUAUAGCAGUGGAUGUCCAUUUAUUUGGAGCAAUCAUAGAUAGAAGCCUCACAUUCAGGGAGCAUACUCAGGUGGCCUGCCGAGGCAGUAGAACGGCAUGCAGCCUCAUCCCAUCUAGUUAUUUUGAAGCAUUUCAUGGAUUCUAUUGAUCUGGAUGGCGUAAUCCUGCUUCUUCAAUUAUUUCCGUAGAUAAUAGGGCUUACCCUGUAGAAAUAAUCACUGAAGAUGCUAUUCCUCUGGUCAAUUUCUUUUACUCCCUCCUAGGAGCGGACAAUACAUAUGGGAAGAUCAUCGGCCGCGAUCAGGUGUAUUGAAGGGAACCAAUGGAGGAGAGGCUAUCUCCUUCAGUGGCUGUGAUGACCAUCAGACUUCAGCAGACACCUCGGUGAAAACUUUUUUCUUGAUUCUUCUCAAUUUCUGCUGAGGGAAUAUGAUUCUGUUUUUCUGGGGAAUCAUUCCAAAUCUGCCUUGUGAAGCACCUUCUUAACAUAAAACCAACUCGUUUAGUCUGAUCUCUAUAUUUUGUCAGCAUUCACCAGCUAGUGAGAUUCAUCUGUUCUUUGCUAUAAAUGGGCCUCUGGCAAGCCAUAAUCCUUCCACAUUGGCAUUCCAAAUGAGCAGGCUCUCUCAAGAAUCACCUCAACAGGGGCAAUGACUUUCUGUUUCAUCCAAGCGAUCGAGCGCGGGCAAGGCGGUACCUAUGGGAGCAUCCUCAACUCCAUGCGGUCCACCAUUCGCAAUGCGGGGAGUUCAACCGGCAGUGGUGGCGGUGGUGGGGCCGUCACCACCCUCGUCACCAUGCUUCUCACUGGAGGAAGUGUCAGCGGUGGGUUCACUCAGGUGGGUCUUCUCCAGUUGACAUUGUUCAGUCUCCUUCUUGUUCUUGCCAAAAGUCUGAAUCUAACAUGGAUUCCAUGGGUUCUUCCACCAAUCAGGAGCCCCAGUUGACAUCUUGUGAGCCAUUCGAUGUCUACACAAAGCCGUUUGUUCUAUAA